UCAGCACAAGUAUGGGUGACUCAGAGCCAACCUUCUUACAUGAUGCCAUUAUGGAAGUCCUACCAGAACUUCCAGCAGUAACCAAAGACAUCCUAGAAGAGCACUUGCAGUCCAUUGGAGUUGAGACGUACGAUGAUUUACGCUUCAUAGAGGAGGCUGAUUUGAAGACAGUAUUAAGACCUGUUCAAGCCAGAAAACUUCUUUCUGUUUGGAAACAAAAAUGUAAGAAUGCCGCACAAUUAUGGGUUGCCAAUUCAGCAUCUACCUCAUCCAGCAGCCCACAGCUUGACUCACACUGGGAGGACAAUUUUGAAAUUCCAUGGACUAAAUUUCAAGAAGAACUGAUGCAAUCUUUGGAGAGGGGGAAAAGACCAGGCCCAAAACUCAGGAGACAGAUGGUCCGGAUUGUUGCGACUGAGAUGAUGGAAAAAUGCCCUCUCGUAGGUAAAAAGCAUUCAACUGAUGUCGCAAAGAAAAUGGUGGCCAAGUAUCCAAAAUCUUUGCAAGAUGUUAUAGAUGGAGACAUUGUAGGCACAGGCUACCAUUCCCUUGUCAAACAGUUGCAAAACAGAAUUGAAAAUGUGCGGCGCACUUCAACACCCAAAAUGAGAAAAAGAAAACAGAGUAAUUCAGAUGACACAGAUGAGAUCCCAUUAGAAGAGAGAGCAGCAAUGCAGGACACUUACGGAUGCAUUAAGUGGAAUGUACAAUUCCUGCCUCGUGAAGAAACUCAAGAAAGCCAGCAGCAAAAGAUGGAAAAACUCAAGGUGAUGUUUCAACAGUCUGAUGCCAAUCCAGAGGAGGUGAAAUGCUUUAUGCAGUCCACCUUUUACACGCAGCGCCAACAUGUCAACCAGGGUAAAAGUAUCAAGUGCCUCAGAGAGGAGUGGCCAUUUUUGUUUGAUAAAAUUGGCAUGUCGAUCCACUUCAAGGAACUCACUGGGAUCAACCUCAAGGACACCUUCAUACGCAACUUGGAUCUGAAGGGAAAAAGGCUCCUCAACUACCUGACCACUGUUUGUGUCAAGAAGAAUAAGAAGUUCCUUCAGACUUAUGCAAGACUUCAGAGGCUGCGGGGACAGCAGAGUGGCUGCUCAGAGGAUGUGAAAGAGAUGGUCCUGCUUCUCCUCAACUACUUUGAUGAGAAGGAGGAGUCCAUGUUCUUCUAUGUAGAUGAAACAAGUCUGGCAGAAGAUGUGCAACUGGAGCAAGUGGCUGUAACGCCAGCCAUCAUUGUCUGUGGACAGUCAUGCUAUUCCUCAACAAGGUACAUGCUGAGUCUGGACCGGACCCUUACCAACACAAACAUCCCCUCCUUCAUUUCUGCGUUGUGCCUGAUGUUCGGGAGCUAUUACUGUUUCAACAUCCAUUAUCCGUCUGAGCUGGCUUCAACUCUGGAAUUUCUUCAAAGGUGUUUUUUUCGGAUAAAUCCAGAAAAGGGAACCAAAGUGGAGAACAAAAACUCAAAGCGUCGUCUCAACCUGAACCCCCGAGUCCUCACCCUGAUACAGGAAAUCACCGAUCACGAGUGGUGUGACACCUAA